CGGCGCCCCCGGCACCGGCAGCGCCAUCGCCGCGAUGUCCUCCGACUUCGAGAGCUACGAGCAGGACUUCGCCGUGCUCACGGCAGAGAUCACGGGCCGCAUCGGGAAGGUGCCGAAGCUGGUAGGAGAUGAGAAGAAGCAGAUGGUUGCAAAUGUUGAGAAACAGCUCGAAGAAGCGAGGGAACUGCUUGAGCAGAUGGAACUUGAAGUUCGAGAGAUCCCACCUCAAAGCCGAGGGAUGUACAGCAGUCGAAUGAGAAGCUACAAACAAGAAAUGGGAAAACUUGAAGCUGAUUUUAAAAGGUCACGAAUCGCCUACAGUGAUGAGGUGCGGAAUGAACUCCUAGGGGAUGACGGGAAUUCCUCAGAGAACCAGUUGAUAAAAUUACGUGAAGAGAGGGCACAUCUGCUCGAUAACACAGAGAGGCUGGAAAGGUCAUCUCGGAGACUAGAGGCUGGAUACCAAAUAGCAGUGGAAACCGAGCAGAUUGGACAGGAGAUGCUUGAAAACCUCAGCCAUGACAGAGAGAAGAUCCAGCGUGCUCGGGAAAGGCUUAGAGAAACAGAUGCAAACCUGGGGAAGAGUUCCAGGAUUUUGACGGGAAUGUUGCGAAGGAUCAUCCAAAACCGGAUUUUGAUCGUUGUGCUGGCAGUCAUCAUCAUCUUCACCACCAUGAUGGCUAUUUAUUUUUCUGUCAGGGGACGCUGAUAUCUUUGUUCUUCACUAAACAGCAACAAACUGCUUGUUCUGAGUAAUUAAGACAAAGUGGUCACAUGAAUCAUUCUCUUGCACUGACAGAGUCUCCCUCUCUUUUCCACUCUUCAACUCAGGUGCAAGUGGUGUAAAAUAUUUUGUAUUAUUGAUGGCAUAGUUGAUGGCAUGUGGGGCUAUUUUUUUCUUACAUAUUUGUCCUUAUCUGAGUGUUUUCAGGAUCUUAAUAUUUGUUGGAGUGAGGGCUUGUUCUGUUAUAAAAAGAAUUAAUGUGUGUCGAAUUCACCCACAGACAACUGAUCUGUAAGUUGCCAGAGUUUCGUGAGGGAAGAGGGGUCUUUGCACUUUUCUUGUGCUGUGCAGGGUGUAUGAAUAUCAAGCAGUGUCUGACCUUCUGUAAUUUAGAAUAUAAGUAAAGCAGAGACCAAAUGAUGUAGAAAGUGAACCUGUCUCCUGUGACUAACUCCCAAUCGUGCAUUAUCAUAGUAGAUGUAACCUGGUUAAGAACAGUAGCUAGUUUUAAAAAGGGAGCAACCUUAGGAUGGUGUUUAAUAUAUGAUGUAAAUCCAAAACUCAAUUUAACAAUUUUUUGUUUAAAGUUAGGCUUUCUCUUCUGCUUAUUCCAAACAAUUCCCCUUUCAUCAAGAUCAUGAAAACACAUCACUUAUUUAAAAUGUAGUUGUGCCUACAGCCCAUAUGUUGAAUCUCUUUUAAAUCUUCCAGUGUUGAUAUAUGUACUGAUAAGCAUUACACACUAGGCCCUUAAUGAAGAUAUUUUAAAAUACUUAUCUAUUUGUUGCUGAUUGAAAAGAGAUCUUAAGUAAUAGUUCGGCAACAAAUGUGUGAUUAUAGUGCAUUAAACAAUCUAGAUUUUUAAUACUGGCCUGGCUAUGUUGAGACUGCAUGUUGGAGUAUUUUGAGUGUAUUAAAUUCUGAUGUGAUAUUCCCCUUUUUAAACAGAAACUGUAAAAAUGUUAAUUUAUAUAUGCUUUUAGCUGAUAUAAUAUAUCAUAGUUUCAUCUACCUCUGUGUACAUAAGCUGUUUCUCUUUUCCCAUUGGCUGUGCUUCUCCUUUUAGACAGGUUGAGGUCAUUUGGCUUAUAUUUAAGUUUGCAGCUACAACAAAGGUCUAUCACUGGUGAUAUGGUAAAGUUCAUAUUAACUUUUAAAUUCAUUAUUUGCAAUCCCUUACAAAUAUUGCAAAUGAAGAGGAAUAUUAAGCCCUUGAAAUUAAGCCAUUAAAUGUUUCUGAAAGAUGUUCAAAGAAACAAAAAUCUGGUGACUUUUAAAUUCCCCCCACAUUAGGCAGGAGCUGAGCCCUGAAUUUUCAUGUGUGCCUUAGUACUUUUGGGAUUUUGGCAUCCCUGUGGACUCUACCAAUUUGCUGUGCUGUCCUUGGAGGCUGAUUUUGGCCCUAAAUGUCAUUGUUUUCUCUACAUAGAAACAAAUAACUCCGUUAAAAGGAUGUGGUACUGAUGCCACAGCUAAGACAUAGAAAGAGGGUGAUAAAUGUAGAAUAAAAGGAUCCACAGGAAAAAUGCUACUCACUGAAACAAAUGCAAGCAUGUAGGGUCAGCUCUACUGUCUGAGUGUUACAUGCAGCUCACAACAAAGUUUAGAGGUGGUUUUUGUACUGGGUUUCUCUACCAGCUUAUGUCACUGGCCGCAGGAUGUGCUGGAACAAAAGUUCCUGGGUAGUCCAGACCCAGGUUUCAGAAGGUGUUGCUCUGUGCAGCACAGUAAUGUUCAUCUCCUCACCUUGAUGGCCCUGCACUGUCACAAGAUCAUGGGACCCCCCCUGGCCUCCUCCUGGGGCAUCCUCUGGUUUCAGCCUUGUCAGGUGUGUGGCAUUUACCCCGUGGCUCUCAGACACAGAAAGACUUGGGUGUUCAGCUUCCAGCCUUCAGGCACAACAUGCACUCAAACUGAGCCUUUGGGUUGUGUAAGCAGAGCUCUGGCCAUUAGCUUCCAGUGAUGGCACAGAGCUGAGUUCAGACAAAUUAGGAGGAAGCCUGGCAGCAUUACAGAUAUUUAUCCUCAGCUCGGCAAAUUAGGAGAUGCAUAUUUUGUAAAGCAGAAAACUGUCAAGAAGGAAAUCUUAAGCUCCGUCUGUUGCCUAGACAUUCUCUGCAUUGCCUCAAUAAUUUAACUAUCAUGGGAAUUGAUUCAUGACUACUGAUCUUAACAGUGACCUAUGACUAGGUUUUGCCCUCUAUCUAGCCACCUGCUGGAAUCAGCAAAAAGCUGAAAGGAAGCUAGUUUUCCUUAUCCCAGUAUAAAUCUAGGGCAUAGUGUCACAUCAGAUACAUCCACUCAGAUAGGAAUGAGGGAGAGAGAGAGACUGCCACGCAAAGCCUUCAUCUUCACUUUUGAUGAGCCCGCCAUCGCUAUGUUUCUCAUGCUAACGUGUUAAUAACUCUUCUGUGCCUGCUUUGCAUCCUCAUGUACUCCCCACAUGUAAAAUAGCGCUCAGGUGGACACUACAUCUUCAAAACACAUUAUUCCUCUUCUCUCGCCCCUGUUCAUUUGGCCUGGGAAGUGUGCAGGAGAGAUUCACCAAAUCCACACAUUUUGGUGGGAAUUCAGUGACUUCAACUGAGAGCACAGCCCCAACCACCCACAGGUAGUAUGACACCCCCAGGUCCAGGCUUCCCCUGGACUAGUUUGGUCACAUUUACAGCACAUCUCUGAAUGAAUCCAAGUGCUUACAAAUGUAAACCUCAAAGAGCAAAGUGUUUCUAAUGAUGCCAGCCUUUGUGGAGAAACGACAAAUUAAAAAACGCACGCGUGGUGCUGUGUGCGAAAUCCACCCCUGCUAAACAGCUGGGCUCACAGAAUAAAUAAACUAAUUCUGCACUGAUACAAAAUCAAAAGCAAUUUAAUUAAAGACUCUUAAGUUUUAAAGGGUUUUAAAUGCUAUACGUUUUGGGGAAAUAUCAGAAAAUGUAGCUUGACUGACGUCAGUUCCCAUCUCUGGGAUGGGAGGCCAUUUGCUAUUCUGUUUAAGGCAGGCUGGAUUGUCUUAUUUUGGAGCCAGCUUGGUGGGGGGUUUUCUUUGCUGCUGCUUCAGAGCUCUGAGCUUCAAAGGCUGAAAUUAAUGGUGAACAAAAUUGUGCGGCUCUGACCAUCCCAUGCGGGGCAAACCCAUCGAGGGUUAUCAUUAAGUAAAGAAAUAAAGAAAAAAAAACCCUGCCAGUUCCAAGAAAACCUCAUCAGAUAAUGACCUCUGUGAUUGGGUUUUCAUUACCAAACAGCAUCCAGAGAUUGUCUGCCCCACAGAAGAAAAAAAAAAAAAAGAAAAGAAAAAGAAAGAAAAAGCAACUGUGUCUCUCUCUCUUUCUCUCUCUCGCUCUCUCUCUCCUUUUUUUUUUGCACAUCUUUUCUUUAAACCUGUCAGAUCAUUUCAGUAUUUCAAAUCCGAGGAAAACAGCCUGCCUGCUGCUGUAUUUGAAGUUGUAAUGGUGUCAAAAAGUCACGACUGACUGACAGCCGUCAGUCCCAGAGGAGCUCAUUAAAUCAUAAAAACUUGACAAGGAAAUAAUUGAGCAUCACUGGCAACUUGGCGCCUGUUUAGACGUUUUUAUUUUCUUUCAUUAUUAGUCCCCACCAUUACGUUCAUUAACAAAUUGCAUUAAACAACUGUUAAGGGCUAAUGAUUUGUUUAUCGCUUUUUUUUUAUUAUUAUUAUUAUUAUUUAAACAUUAGCUGCGUCAUGUGGUACCUCAGCAGCCUCAUACUAUCAUCUGACUGAAUAUUUUUCCACUCAGAGCUCUGGGUACUGCUGGAAUAUGAAAUAGAUUAUUCAUUACCCUCCUCUUUGCCACUGAUUUGGUUUCAUGUAGCGUCUUCCACAGAGAAAGAUGAAAACUUGUCAAAAAUAGGUUAUAUCUUAUUCUAAGGGCAACAAUAGCAGCAGGUACAGGCACACUUUAAUAUUUAAUUAAGGCUGAUGUUAACCCCUUUAAAUGACUUUAGCUGUGAGUAAUAUUCAAGUGCAGAAGAGAAAAAUAAUGGUACUUAAUUUGCAAACUGUACAGCAGGCAUUCAUCUUUGAGUUACUAGCAAAUUUAUAGAAUAAUUUUAAAUAAUGAAAUUUCCAGUCAUAAAUAUUUAUAUCCACUCUUUUUUUUUCCUUUUAAAUACGUAGUCCUAAAUGAACCACUUUUGCACACAUCCUAAAUAAAAAAAAAAUCCAUGUCCCUUUCUUUUUUUUUGUUUUGAACUGCACCACUCAUAUUUCAAAAUCUGGUAGGACUUUUGUAGGGGGGGAAAGAGCUACAUGUGGAUCCCCAGUAAAGUUGUUAGCUGUGGCAAUGUCUUACACAGUUCUGUUCCUAGCAACUUGACAGCUUAUGAUAAACUCAAGGAGGAUGUGGGUUCUGGCUUUUUUUUUUUUUCGUUUGGAGGGGACAGCAUGUGUUUUGACAUUUUUUUGGUUUUUAUAUGAAACCAUGGGAAGAUUUUGUUUUGAAACAGAUAUUUAAACUGCUACUUUUUAUAGGAGAAAAAGUAUUUAUCUCUAAGUAUAUUUUCUCUGUGUAGUUGCAGUUGUUGGUUGUAAAUAAUCCUCUUAAGGAAGGAGAAGCUUCAGGAGAAUUUUAAGACGGUAAAAAAAGAAACAGUCAAAGGCAGGGUAUGUGUUAGGCUCCCUUUGCUUUAUAAUAGUCAGUCUUUGAUCUUUUCUUAUUCAAUACAUCUGAAUGCAGUUUGCAUUCGGUGGGUCCCUGUGCAGGGAUGACGGCAGAAAUGGUGAGCGAGGUGUGAUGACGUAUCACAGGAUGCUGCAGAGCAAAUCCAUCCGAGUCCACGAUGCUCCCUCACGCUUCCUUGGGAUAAUUUGUCACUUCUGGAGUCACGUGGGGAAAGAGGCAUGUAGCAGGUGAAUAUUUCAUCAGCUACUGCCUGGCAGUGGGUUUUUGUGCAUGUUAAGCAGUGGCACACCAGCUCCUCAGCGUGCCCACAGCCUGGCCUGGGUGCACAAUCCUGGCCUGCCCAUGUUGGGAAACAGAGGUGCACAUUGAGAAGCACUUUAGCAUCUUCCACUGCUGUCUUUUAUUUGUCACACAUAAAUAAUGAAGGCAUCUACAGGGCAGGGGAGGAAGAGCUUAUACACUGAGAACCAGUGAACUUGUGCACUCUUCAUCCCUUCAUCCAAACAACUGCCUUUGGCGUGAAUAACGGCGCAGCUGAUAUGAAGCUCUGUAUUGAUCCAUUGCUCAGGAAGGUCCACUGGUAGUUCCUUGGACUUUUCCUGGAGGUAUGGCUGUAACAGGUUGGUACUGUUGCUUCUGUCUGCAUCUCACAGCAGACAAGUUCAGCAGGGACACACACAGAGAGGGGGAGCUCCCAGCCCUCGCUCUUUGCAGCUGUCUCCCACUAGCACAGAGACGUGAUUACCUCUCCUGGCUGGAAAGCCUGCUUGGGAGACUGUUGUGCACAUGUAUGAGUUAAAUGGUGUCUGCAAUUGGAGAGGCAUCCCAGGGUGGAUUUGGAAAUAGUCUGCUUUUCCCCAGGCAACAAUAAUUUGGAAAAAAACCCCUAGAUAUUCUAUAACUGUUGCUUAUUCUGUGGGGUAGGCUCAGUGUGAGGAGUUGUGUCCCACAGCUGGUAUCUCUCCACCACCCAGGCACUGUGGUGUUUUGGGGAGCUGCUGCAGAUUCAUCCUGGAGUUAUGGCAGUGCAGCCUGGGUGUUCCCUUGGUGUUUUGGCUUUAUCACAAGAAGAAAUACCAGGUGGUGGUGGUGGCAUAACCGAUGAAGGAUGUGGACUCUGCAAGGCAAUGUUAGGUUUCUCACAAGGCUGGUGCCUGUUCAUUGAUGGGAUGUUCAGGAGCGUGCAAAGUGAAGGCAUUCCCUGGAUGUCUGUCCUGCCAGAAAGCAGUGUUGGAAAGUAGAAGCUUUACACAUUUUCAAGGGCCUUAAGUGGUUCUGAGCCAUUAAACUCUGUACAGGAAAGGGGCUGUCCCUGCUGUCCUGUGGCCAGAGAGGUCUGGAGCGGGCUGCCAAGCCUGCACUGCCAGUGUUAUGGUGCAUGCAUCCUGCUGGCUGCCAUGUUGUGACUGCUCUCCUGGACCAAACCCAAAGAAAACCUUCUACUGCUGCUUCUUUGUUCAGUUGCUUUCUCCGUUCAGACCCAUGACCUUGUCCGGUCAGCACUGUCCCCAGUGAACAUGAUCGCUGCUUCUGUGGAUUUAAUGAACUUUCCAGCUCUCUUCUGCAGCCAGCUAAGUAACACUGCUUGUUGCCUGAGCUGCAUGUCCUGCCUGCAUGUAUUUGUGUGUACAUACUCCUUUUGUUGAUACUGCUUACAGGAGUUGCUGCCAGGCAUGCCUUCCAGGGAAGCAAAAAAAUACCCUGUGAGUUUACCACACCACUAGAAAACUUGCUUUUAAAUAAAAAAUAAUAUUUAAUCUUCUCUUCCUAGAAGAAACAGGCUAGUGUCUUUGCUCUGUCUCAUUUGAUGAAUUUGUCUUCCUAUCUGCUGCCAAGUUGGAGCUUUUGACCAAACUCAGCCAAAUGUAAUAGGAGAGCAGAACUCUCGAAAAUUUCUUUCAGUUUCAGGAAAUCAUCAGCCAAGAGGAGAGAUGUCCCACUGGCAUCCUCACCAAGAGAGGCUGCAGCAUGACAUCCACCCAAAUUGGACACUACCUAGGAGGAAGAAAUUAUAAAUGCCUCUCUCCCCAGGAAAAGCUCACAUCCUAUUUAGAUACUAGAGAAUCCAACCCUGAGGAAACAAGGCCUCAUUAGUGUCAUUGCUGGAGGAACUACUUAAUUAAAGGACAACAGAGUUGAGAGCAUUGUUAUUGUAGGCCUUUGUUCCUUACACCUGGUCAUUUCCAUUGAUGUAAAAUGUCAUCUUUCUGAUCUGGUAGCAUUUUGCACCCACUUUAGACAAGUAUUCCUGGCCAGCUGAGGAGGUGCAGAGCAGGGAAGAAUCAGACCUUAUUACCAGAGGUAAUUAUAGCCUCACCUACCCAUCAGGCGAAGGGUGUACACCUCUAUUAGCCAGGGCUCCCACAAAGAGAACAAAGGCUGGCUGGAAAGUGGGAGCCACCCAGGGAGCAUCCCUGUGUCCAGCUACAGCACUCUGGGGCAGAAGGCCUGCUGGGGAGGUCAUGACCACAGGCUCCCUCCUUUCCUGUCUCCUGCCUGCUUUCCUGGCGUUAAAUCCAACUUGCCUCAGCAAUACUGGGGAAGGCCAUGAGAUGGGGAGACUAAAACAGGGAACAGUACCAUCACUGAGGAAAUCAGCUCUCAGUUAAAAUGCUAAAGGAGGUAGGGGGUGGCUUUCAAAGCUUGUCUCAGCAACUAGCCUAAUUCUAUUUUCAAAAGCCACUGUUGAGUGCUUUUGAAAAUUUCAUCCUAGAUGCUUGGCUCAAAGACCUUAACCAAAGAUUUUUUUUUUUCUCUGCUAUACGAAAGCUAAAUAUAAACCAACAUUAUUGAACAAAAACCUAACAAAACCGCUGUUGCAGGUCUAGAAAAAUCUUUACUCAGAAAAUCAAAUUAUUGGAGACCAGCAUCUGAAGUGUCCUUCAGUCUUGGAUGCCUAUUGUUUUGUGUAAACAGUUUGGCAUACAAAAAAAUAUAUUUCUAACAGCAAACAUUUGCUUUCUAUUCUUUUUGACUUUUCCUAUUUGCCUUUUGUUCUCCUGCCCUCAGAAAAUCAUGACCUGAGUGUCUCCAGAUGAGCAGCUGAAGUUGCUUUAGAACACGUGGAUCAGUCUAUUUUACCCAUUCAAGUAGGUGCAUAUGUGUCUCUGCUGUUUGAACAGCAUCUUAAUGACUUUUCCGCUGAUUGCCUCUGGACCACAGGCAAGUAAUAAAGCUGGCCUGUGCCUCAGUUUACCCACCACAAUUUCAUUAAUGCUAACCUACCUCACGAGGUGGUGUAAUGUUUAAUAUAUAAUGUGCUCUGUAAUCCCUGGAUUAAAUGUAUUAUGUAAGUGAAAAGCACCCAUUUGAUGUGUAUGUAAAUGCUGCAGUAUUAUAGGUAGGAGGGUCAUUUGGGUGCAAGUGUAAUACAAGUGCUGGCAAAAGGCAAAAGGGAUUCCAUUGUAUUGACUUAUUUUUAAAGAGCUUUUUAUUUACUGAAAUGCUCUGGACACCCAGAAAGAGAGACAUUCCUCACUAAGCAGCUCUGCUGUUUCAUCUGUCUUGGAGUGCUUUGAUAAAUGGAUUGAAACUUGUCAGCUUUUCCUGUAGUUUCUGAGACUCCCUCUGGAAACUGUGUUGAAAUGUUAUUAUUGUAACUUCUUAGAGCACUACUUAAUGAAUUGUAACAGAUAUCCCUGCGAGUCCCGCGGAUGCUGUGAGGACUGCUCUUCCUCUCCUUCUCGCUGCAGGAGCAAACCAGUGCCACACAAACACGUGGCACAGAGCGCACGUCCCCGGCCACCACAAGCAGCUGGUCUGUCACAGGGACAGCACUUCUCACCUACAUAAGGCUUCAGCCCCAGCCUGGUGUCCUGGUUGUGUGGCCAGCAGGGCUCCAAGGUUGUAGGACAUAGCUAGAUAUCACUUGAGUUAAAGAUGGAUUUGAUCUUUUAAGAACCUUAAGGAGGACAAUGAAUCAGUUUGAUCAGUGUUGGUUAUUUCCUCUGUCUCUAGGAUGAGAUGUUUUGGUUUUUAUGCAGUGCCUGAGCUGUCCUGCAACUUGGACUUGUGACUUGGGUGCUGUUGGACAGUCUGAACUCACACCACCCACAGGUGUCACCUGCCCUCAGAGCAGCUCUUUCUUUCUCAGGCAGACAGUGGUUAUGUGAUGUUACCACAUGGGCACAUGAGAUGGAUGGAGAGGGUGUGGCACCUCCUCUAAAGCACAGGACUGACCCAGAAGAUCUGCUUGAGGAAAUCUGCAGAGAAGGUGGUCAGAGGUGCCUGACAGGAACGUCUAUAGUGUGGAACUAGAGGUUAGAAAGAAGUAAAUCAUCUUGGGUCAUCUUGGACUCCAGUAAUGUUCUACCCUGUUGCGUCCCACAGUGGAGCAAUGGGAUGUCAUAGUGACCUCUUUAUUUCCUACCUCCAACCUAUUCAAAGGAAUCUUUUUCCUCCUCUGCUCUCUCUGGAGGGGUGUUGUGACCCCUGAUGUGCUCGGUUUGGCAGCUUGGUUGUGCUGGAUAGGCUUGAGGGUCCUUGUCCUGAUGCAAGGGUCACUUGAGAGUUUAGAAAUUUUUUUAUGUUUUUUUUUUUUUUUUAACUUUUUCAUUGGGUUUCAGCUGUCCUUGUUUUUUGUAAGAAUACAAAACCGAGUUGUUGAUACUCAGGUUGCCAUGAGGUGUGACAUUGCCAAGCAAGCACACCCCACAGCAUCACAGCUGUACCCCUUGCCCUGCAUGGUUUGCCCACAGUAGACAGUGCUACCCAUCUCCAUCAUAAUUUUCUCUUGAAAAAUAAGUGUGUGCCUUCCCCUUGCCUCCAAAUAUGAACGUAGGUCAUCCUGAUUGAGGUCUUCAGGAAGAGAGGAGGGAAAGUUUGAAGGAGGUCAUGGCCUGUGUGGUGUAGGAUCAGAACUAUGAGGUGACUGGUUAUAGGUCACUUCAGCAAGGCCUCAGAGGUGCCUCCAUUGCCCUCAGCACUUUGAAGCCAUCUUUGAUUGUUCUCAACCUUUUACUUCACUUUUUAUUAACAUUUUACAUAUUAAAAUUUGUGUAGGCAGCCAGAAGAGAGCAGCAUCUACACAAUACUUGAUGCAAUGGAGAGGAUUAGGAAUUAGUGGCUCAGUUCUUUGGGACCUGAACUGGUGGGCUGUGGGGGUGGUAAAGUGUCUUUUCUUUACAUUUUAAAAGUACUUCCACUUUCUUUCUGUGUGUUGUCACUAAAAUACAGCCUAUGUCCAAUACUGACUUGUGGUCUCAGCUGAUAGUUUCAAAAAAUUAAAUAUAACCAGGGUUACCUUGGAGUUUUUGCUGAGCUGUUCACAUUUGCUUUUAAAGCUUCUUCCCUCUUCUCAGACAGACCAAACCUUUUAGUUCCCAUACCUAGAUACAGUAACACCAAAGUAAGAAAUUAUUUUCAAAAUAACUACCAGUGAAUUGGGAUUUUUCAGCCGCCCUUGCGUGAAAUUCCUCCAGUAUUUUUAUUCACAAAAGGAAUGCUCUGGGAAGCAAACCUGCUAAAGUUGCCUCUGUUUAUUCCUUCCAAAGUGAAAUUAUCCAUGUCCUUUUUUCCCCUGUGAGAUCCUGGAGGAAACUGUCUGCACACACACAUUGACACAUCUUUGGUGCAUUCCAUACGAGCCAGUGAAAUUACACCAGAAAUAUGAAUUUAGCCCACACAGUGUGUGCACGCUGUGCUGUCCAUACAGGACAUACACAGACACACCCUGGCAAACCCUCCCAUUUAAAUUUCAGAAUAAGACAUUCAAGACAAUGUGUUUCCCUUCCUGAUUGUGUUCUGUACGCUUUUCUCAAAAAAAAAAAAAAAGAAAAAAAAAAAAAAAAAAAAAAAAAAGAAAAAAAAGGUAUUCUGUGAAUUGUACCACUUAAUAAAAAUAUUUGACGUGGGUUUAGUUGUUUUGAAUAUUGAGGUUUUUGAAAUCUCAGUAAUUGUCAUGAUUGCUGUGUGUAAUAGAAAUUAGAAGGAAGUCUGUGUUUUGGCUUUGAAGCUACCUACUUCUAAGAGUACAUUUUUUUAAGUUUUCUUUUUAAGGUGCUUCUUCAUGCCCCAGCUAAACUUUCCCCAGAUUACGUGUUAGCUAUCAUAGCCGUUCUAUAGUUAGAUUUUAAUCAGCCUCCGUACACAGUAAUGUUAAACACUGAAAGAGCUACUAAUUAAUCGCCUUUCUCUAUGUAACAGAGAGAUAAAUAUCCAUCCCAGAGGAAUUGUAAUUUCAUGGUUUCUAAUGAUGGUUAGAUUACAUUAUCUGGAUCACUUAGGCUGUGGGUGUCAUAAAAAAUGCUCAAAGUCAUUUAUAUUCAGUUUAAUUUUUUUUUUAACUUUGUAAGCCUGAGAAAAUAAUGCGAUGUUAGCAAGUCUGUUUCAUAUUUUAGUUAAAUAUACCUUUGUUGCACUGACUGAAUGGAUUCAGAUGACAGUGACAAACUCAGUUCUUUUCUAUUUAACAUGCACCUUCUGCAAUCAAAUUAACAAUGUACAAAUCUUCAUCGGGCUGCUGCAGAAGAGUCUGUUGAAUUCCUCAGCGUUGUUAAGCUUUGGGGAAAGGUUUUCCUUUUGGAUGUCCAUUGGCAAUGAGUGUUUUCUGCUAAUUCUUGUACGUUCUGUAAAGUCUUGGUUGUCUGUCUUGAACCAGGAAUUAACUGGACUUUUGGGUUGUAUCAGGCUGUGGCUCAAAUAAAAUAAUAAAAUCCAAGA